UAUCUAAGCCAAUAUUAGCGGCACGUGAAGAUAGAGUACCCAAUAAAUAAAACAGGCCGCUCUGAGACGACUUCACUCUCUCCAAGAUGACGAGACUGUUGCUUCUCGUGGUCCUCCUCGGAUGUUUCACCUUCGGAUCGACCUUGGAAACCGCACCGAAAGUGAAAACACCAUUGGGUGGUAUCAAAGGAUAUCAUAAGUUGUCUGCCAACGGAAGACAGUAUGAAGCUUACGAGGGAAUCCCUUACGCUUUACCACCGACUGGAAAACUUCGAUUCAAACCCCCACAUCGAAUGCCCCCAUGGGUAGGCGAGAUUUCGGCAACUAAAUUCAGUUCCCCAUGCUUGCAAUACACUAUGCCACCUGGCAAAAAAAUGUCAUAUGACAAGGUAUUAGGUGCUGAAGACUGUCUGUAUCUAAACAUAUAUGUACCAGUGCACGAUAAAGUAACCACAAAGCCAAUGCCAGUCCUCUUUUGGAUUCAUGGAGGAGCCUUUAUGUACGGUAGUGGUAUGGACAUGGGUGCCAAGUUUCUCAUGGACCAAGAUGUAAUAUUAGUUACCUUUAAUUACCGCCUAGGAAUACUAGGUUUCCUCAGUACAGAGGAUGAUACAGUUCCUGGUAAUAUGGGGCUAAAAGAUCAGAGCAUGGCUCUAAGAUGGGUUUCUGAGAACAUUGAAUGGUUUAAUGGUGAUCCAAACAAGCUGACCAUAGUUGGUUUAAGUGCUGGAGGUGCUAGUGUCCAUUAUCAUUAUUUAUCUCCAAUGAGUGCUGGUCUCUUCCAAGCUGGUAUCUCGGUUAGUGGUACAGCUUUCAGCUGUUGGACGCAAACUGAAAAUGCCUUGGAGAAAGCUAAGAAAGUUGCUACUCUCAUGGGAUGCCCUACAGCUAACAAGAGGGAAAUGAUACGUUGCUUGAGAUUCCGUCCUUCCAGGGCUCUGGUUGAAUCGGCUCAGGAGUUCAUGAAAUUUUAUUACAAUCCGUUCACACCAUUUGGACCAGUUACUGAAAAAGUUGGAGAUGAACCAUUUAUCGAUCGCUCUCCGAUUGAAAUAGUAAAUAGCGGAGAUGUGCAAGAUGUUCCUUGGAUCACUAGCGUAACUAGUGAAGAGGGACUAUACCCGGUUGCAGAAUUCAUUGAUAUACCGGAAGCGUUGAAAACAUUGGAUGAAAACUGGGACCUCCUUGCUCCUCAUUUUCUGGAUUAUAAUUACACUUUGCCUAAGGAGAAACACAUUGAAGUUGCCAGGCUUAUCAAACAGCACUACCUUGGAACAAAGAAAAUAGAUGAAACAACAACAAAACUCUUAGUACAAAUGGCCGGAGACAGAUUCUUCGUUGUUGACAGUGAGAAAGCAGCUAGAAUGCAGGCUAAAGUUAAUAAACAACCCGUGUGGUAUUAUUAUUAUUCUUACAGAGGUGCAAGUAGUUUGAGUGAUUACAUGAGUGGAACUCAUAACAAUUAUGGUGUUAGUCACGCAGAUGAUGCAUAUGUUGUUGUUGAUACUCAGUACUUAGAUUCCACUACAACACCAAGUGACCUAAAGAUGCAAGAGCUUAUGAUCAAUUUAUGGGUAUCUUUUGCUAAUAACAAAGUUCCAAACAUGGGUGGAGUAAAGUGGCCCAAAUUAAACCCUAAUGAAAAAUCUCUUGAAUAUUUGCACAUUGCUGGACCAGAUAAAAUUACCAUGGAUAGUAAUGAUAAUUUAGGACAGAAAAACUUUUGGAGUUCUAUUAAUUUUAAUGAGAACAAAUUAAGCAAUACUCAGAGUGGACAAACUUUAAAAGAAGAAUUAUGAAAGCUUUUUGUCUUUUAAAGACAAUGGAGAAUUACAUUUGUUAUACAUAAAAUUUAUGUGAACCAUUUUAAAUCCAAUUCUUCUAAAUCCUACAAAUGUAAACAAAAUUUGAUACAUUUAAAUAUAUUAUAACAAAAAUGAUAUAUUAUUUCAUAUCCUGUUCCUUAUUUGUUAUAAUAAACCUAAAUGGAGAACAGAAAAUUAAAAAACUUACUUGAUCAAUUAAUGUGAUGUUGCACCUUGGAUGUCUACCAAUGUUGGUAACUCCUUGAUUGAUUGGAUAAGUUAUGGAACCGAUUCUCAAUGUUCCAAUCUAAAAUAUUUUACAUAUAUAAAUUAAAUAUAAGCAAACAAUAUUAUGGUAAAUCAAUGUUUUUAAUAGUCGUGUAAACAAUAAACAAUUAAUUUGUCAAAACCA